AUGAGGCCCAAGAAGGGCGGCGGCAAGCGUAAAGUGGCCCUCAAAACCACCCAAGAGAAGAGAGAUGUCGACAUUAUGAAUACCAACGACAGCAGCAUCGUAUCGAAAAGGAGCGUCUCAAAGUUGUACCUCAAAGAUGAGCCAGACUUCUACGAGCCAUUUGUACCAAAGUUCGUUCGACGCAAUCCUCUCAUCAACCGCGGCUACUGGCUUCGAAUGCACGCAAUCGAGCAAGUAGUUCGGCAAUUCCUUGAAGAGAAGAACGGCAGAUCAAAGGUUAUUGUAAAUCUAGGAUGUGGAUACGACCCCUUGCCCUUCCAGUUCUGGCAUAGAUAUGCCCCUCUUACACAACAGGCUACCUUCGUGGACGUCGACUACCCGCAGUUGAUGGAGAAGAAACGAGAUCGUAUGCUCAGCAAUAGCCUGCUUCGAAAUGCACUGCUCAAAACGAAGCUGCGCUCAUCCGAAGCGCCUGUCUACCUUCGCAGUGACCAGUAUAUGGCUAUAGGUUGCGACCUUAGGGAGCUUGACACGCUUGAGAGAAUAUUACGUGCAGAAUUUGAUGUGCCAGCGACUUCCAUUUUGUUUGUUGCCGAAGUUUCGGUAACGUACAUGCCAGUGAGAGACGCGGAUGCACUCAUUCGGUGGGCAAGCACGUUAGACGACGCUCGCUUCUGCAUGCUAGAACAAUACCUUCCACAGGGUCAAGAGCAUCCCUUUGCCCAGACCAUGCUUCGGCACUUCGACAAGCUCCAAACUUCGAUUCAGGCGGUCAAGCAGUACUCAUCACUAGCCCGACAAUCUUCCCGGUUCCUCGAUUCAGGCUGGUCAAAGCUACUGAUUGCUCGCAACUUGUGGGACCUAUGGUCGGAUGAUGCAUUUACCCCUCCCGCUGUUAGACGGAGCCUGGAUGCCGUCGAGCCGUUCGAUGAAUGGGAGGAAUUUGCUCUGUUCGGUGGCCACUACUUCUUACUGGUUGCUUCUAAUGCGGAGCUAAGGAAGUCAACUGAGACAUCCAAUGUGUCCACUGCAGAUAGUUGCAUGAAGCCUAGCGAUGCGGCGAUUAUCAGUCUACAGUCUUGGACGCAAUCAACGACUGCUGCCUUGACGCCACGACGUUUCACUGCCGCUUUUGCCUCCGAAAAGGACACCGUUGUUUUGUUUGGAGGGCAGGGAACCCAGGCCCGUCUCUCAAGCGUAGAUGUCCUAGCACGGGAGAAUUCGCAACUUGCCGUUCAGCCCUGUACCACGCCGCCACCUCCUGCACGAGUAUGCCAUACCAUCACACCUAUGAGCAAUGAUGAGUCGCUGUUGGUCGGUGGGCGUGGGUCACCAACACAGGCUCUUACCGAUUGCUGGUUAAUUAAGAGUGGAACUUGGUCGAGUGUACCUGGCUUACCGAAAGCUAGAUACAGGCAUUGUGCUGUAGCACUUGCAUUAGAGUUCGAAGGGUCACAGGCCAACAGUGUCUUAGUCUUCGGCGGCAAAGCAAGCGAUGGCACAGCACUCGACGACUGCAAUUUAUGGACCAACAACGGCUGGCACAGCUUAUCCGUCGACGGUCCGCGCCCGCCAGCACGAUUUGGUGCCGCAAUGUCUACGAUGAGUUCAGCCCAAAAUUGGGGGUUGCUCGCGGGUGGCGUUGGUGCAGACGGCACAGUUCUGGAGGACAUAUGGGAGUGGACCGUCUCCGCCACACCAACAUUAUGCAUGACAUUCAAAGAUCGCACCAAUAAUGUCCACGGCAGUGCACCAAGCUCUGCAUACGCACGAGUAGGGGCGAGUUUGGUCCCAUGGGGAGAAUCUCUUCUUCUGAUUGGGGGUGUUUCGAAGAAAGAGAUGCAUAGUCAAUCCGAAGACUUCUUGCUACUAACGCAAAAGAAUGAGGAGAUUUUGGCCGAGUAUCCUGUCAUGCAGCUGCCAGCAACAUGGCCUCUUCUGGUCGGCAUGGGCGUAGCUGCAGUAUCUCGAAACGAGGUUGUGAUUGCAGGAGGUGGCGCCGUAUGCUUUUCUAUGGGAAGCUUUUGGAACGAAGGCUAUUUCACUAUCACACCUGCCGAUACGCAAGGGCCGAAGUCGUGGCGUGUGGCGCCGCACCAGACCAACGGCACGGCACAUUCGGAAUCGAAAUCGAAAUUACUUGAGUUACCGCGCCAAAGUCAACGAGGCAAGUCGAAACAGCCCAAGGCUCCGCGUACUACCAAGAUCUCUCGGUUGCAGCUGCGUUCGGCAGAGGACUUCUCUCAAAUAGUCGCCCUCUCCAAGCCAGUCAUUAUUGAAGGCCUUGAUCUCGGCCCUUGCGUUGACUUAUGGACGCUUGAUUACCUGAAAGAGAAACUUGGCCCAGAGCGGGAACUCAUUAUACACAAGUGCUCGUCCGACCGCAUGACUUUCAAAGACAAAAACUUUCAAUACGCCAAGGAAUCAGUCGCAGACUUCUUGGACGGCAUUGCUCAAGGCUCGCAAGCCUAUCUCCGCGCCGUAUCGUCUAGUCAAGCCAACAAAUUGCCCACCAAACUCGAGGACGACUUUCCCACCAUCGCGGCUGACUUUCGCAUUCCAGAUGUGUUUGAUAUAGUCAAGUCUAGGUAUCACAGCUCACCUCUCCGUAUUUCAGGCCCUGUUUCCUUGUGGCUACACUAUGAUGUCCUCGCCAAUAUCCUCUGCCAGAUUCGGGGCACAAAGACGCUAUACCUCUACCCGCCGUCGGAUGUCAAGUACCUCGACUUCCCGGCCGGAGGUUCGUCCUCGAAUAUCGACGUCUUGACCGCAAAAGACCCUAUCCUCCGACGAACCCAUCCCCACGUCGCUCUCCUCAAGCCCGGCGACGUCCUCUUCAUUCCACCGAUGUGGAGUCACACAGCGACCCCAGAAGAAGGUGUCAGUGUUGCAGUUAAUGUUUUCUGGAGAGAUCUCGAGAAGGGGUAUGCGGCAGGAAAGGAUGUAUACGGCAAUAGAGAUCUGCAGGCUUACGAGAAUGGGAGGAGAGAUGUCGAGAAGAUACUCAAGGCUUUUAAGGAUGUCCCGUCGGAUAUUGCGGGGUUUUAUCUCGAGAGACUUGCGGGGGAGAUUCAGGAGAAAGCUGAGAAACUGGAGGUGAAGAAAGAACGGCCAGAAGAGAAGUAA